AUGUGUGCAUCUGGGAUACCCGUCUCGGCAGAAGGGUGGGGAGAGCUGAGGUCUGUGGAUUCUGAGGCGGGAAAGCCUGAGACUCGUGGAGCAUGUGCUGGUGACUUGGAUUACUACUGGCUGGAUCCUGCCACGUGGCACAGCAGGGAAACAUCGCCUAUUAGUUCGCAUCCGGUAACGUGGCAGCCAUCUAAAGAGGGAGACCGAUUAAUUGGCCGUGUUAUUCUUAACAAAAGAACAACCAUGCCCAAAGAAUCAGGUGCAUUAUUGGGUCUGAAGGUGGUUGGAGGAAAAAUGACGGACUUAGGGCGCCUUGGUGCUUUCAUCACCAAAGUAAAGAAGGGUAGCCUGGCAGAUGUCGUCGGACACCUAAGAGCAGGGGAUGAAGUUCUAGAGUGGAAUGGUAAACCCCUGCCUGGAGCAACAAACGAAGAAGUUUACAACAUUAUUUUAGAAUCAAAAUCAGAACCUCAAGUUGAAAUUAUUGUUUCAAGGCCUAUUGGUGAUAUCCCCAGGAUCCCUGAGAGUUCCCAUCCUCCCCUGGAGUCCAGUUCAAGUUCCUUUGAAUCUCAGAAGAUGGAAAGACCUUCCAUUUCUGUUAUUUCUCCAACCAGCCCUGGAGCUCUGAAAGACGCCCCGCAAGUCUUACCCGGGCAACUCUCAGUGAAGCUGUGGUAUGAUAAAGUGGGGCAUCAGCUGAUUGUAAAUGUUCUACAAGCAACAGAUCUACCCUCUAGAGUAGACGGGCGUCCCAGAAAUCCCUAUGUAAAAAUGUAUUUUCUUCCAGAUAGAAGCGACAAAAGUAAACGAAGAACCAAAACGGUAAAGAAGCUUCUAGAGCCAAAAUGGAAUCAAACAUUUGUCUACUCCCACGUACAUCGUAGAGAUUUUCGAGAGCGAAUGUUAGAAAUUACGGUGUGGGACCAGCCGAGGGUACAGGACGAGGAGAGUGAAUUCCUCGGAGAGAUCCUCAUAGAGCUGGAAACAGCACUUUUAGACGAUGAGCCCCACUGGUACAAACUCCAGACACACGAUGAAUCUUCACUACCUCUGCCUCAGCCAUCGCCCUUCAUGCCCAGGCGUCACAUCCACGGAGAAAGCUCCAGCAAGAAGCUACAAAGAUCUCAGCGAAUCAGUGAUAGUGACAUCUCAGAUUAUGAGGUUGAUGAUGGUAUUGGCGUUGUGCCUCCAGUGGGUUAUAGAGCUAGUGCUAGAGAGAGUAAAGCAACCACGUUAACAGUGCCAGAGCAGCAAAGAACUACACAUCACCGCUCACGUUCCGUGUCUCCUCAUCGCGGCGAUGAUCAGGGAAGGCCUCGUUCACGUUUACCAAAUGUGCCAUUACAGAGGAGCUUAGAUGAAAUUCAUCCAACGCGAAGGUCACGUUCUCCAACCCGACACCAUGAUGCCUCCCAAAGCCCGGGCGAUCACAGAUCCAGACACCUGGAAAGUCAGUAUUCAUCAGAGCAAGACAGUGAGCUUCUCAUGCUUCCCAGAGCAAAACGAGGACGAAGUGCAGAAUGCCUACACAUGACCAGAGGUCUUGUUAAAAACUCUAAAACAUUACCACCCAAGAUGCCUUUAUUACAGAACAACUAUCAAUGGAGCCUCAGCACAAUCCUGCCUGCGCACACUAAGACCAGAUCAGUGACUACACAGGACUUUCCCCUUCAGCAUGAUUGCUAUAACUCAGGAAUGCUGGGAAUUUCUGAUGAGUUAUCCCUUAGUGAACUGCAGCCCUCUCUUGACAGGGCUAGGAGUGCUAGUACCAACUGCUUGAGACCAGAUACUAGUUUGCAUUCACCAGAACGAGAAAGGCACUCCAGAAAGUCUGAAAGAUCUAGCAUCCAAAAACAGUCUAGGAAAGGCACAGCCUCUGAUGCAGACAGAACGCACCGACAAGGAAGCCCAACCCAGUCUCCUCCAGCUGACACAUCCUUCAGCAGUCGCCGUGGAAGACAGCUCCCACAGGUGCCGGUUCGAAGCGGCAGUAUAGAACAAGCAAGCUUAGUAGUGGAGGAACGAACGAGACAGAUGAAAAUGAAGGUACACCGGUUUAAGCAGACAACAGGGUCUGGGUCUAGUCAAGAACUUGACCACGAGCAGUACUCCAAGUACAACAUACAUAAAGAUCAGUACAGAAGCUGUGAUAACGCGUCUGCCAAGUCGUCAGAUAGUGAUGUCAGUGAUGUGUCCGCCAUUUCCAGAGCCAGCAGUACCUCACGCCUCAGCAGCACAAGCUUUAUGUCAGAGCAGUCUGAGCGCCCCAGGGGUAGGAUCAGUUCAUUUACCCCCAAAAUGCAAGGCAGACGGAUGGGGACUUCAGGAAGAGCCAUCUUCAAGAGCACCAGUGUAAGUGGAGAGAUAUAUACACUGGAGCAUAACGACGGGAGCCAGUCGGACACCGCCGUGGGGACCGUCGGAGCCGUUGGAAAGAAGCGGAGAUCCAGCCUGAGUGCCAAAGUGGUAGCCAUCGUGUCUCGAAGGAGUAGAAGCACUUCACAGCUCAGCCAGACAGAGUCCGGCCACAAGAAGUUGAAGAGCACCAUCCAGCGGAGUACAGAAACAGGCAUGGCGGCUGAAAUGCGGAAGAUGGUGAGACAGCCAAGCCGGGAGUCCACAGACGGCAGCAUCAACAGUUACAGCUCAGAAGGAAACUUAAUAUUUCCUGGAGUUCGAGUCGGACCGGACAGUCAGUUCAGUGAUUUUCUUGAUGGAUUGGGGCCAGCCCAGCUUGUCGGCCGCCAGACCCUUGCCACCCCAGCCAUGGGCGAUAUCCAAAUAGGGAUGGAGGAUAAGAAGGGUCAGCUGGAGGUUGAGGUUAUCAGAGCCCGGAGCCUUACACAAAAACCUGGCUCCAAAUCUACACCCGUAUGGGUGAAGUCUUUAGAUUUUAGAAUUCUUUUUGGUUGUGUGUCAAACAAAUGUCAUGUAUUUGUUUCUGAUGACAGAGGAUUAUCUGUCAGUUGCUUCAGGGUGGGCAAUCUCACACUGAAGUGUGGACGUGAAGAACUUCAGUUUUGGUCCAGCAUGGAGAUUUCAGAACAAAAUCUGGUUUCAUUCAAAGUUAGAGAAAUACAAAGAAACAUCAGGCAAAGCAUUAUUUCAGAGGAGGAAAUCCCUACUCGUAGACAAGGGUCAAUGGAUCAGGUCUCUGCGGCUGAGAGAAUUUCCAGCUUACCAGCUCCUCCUUUCGUCUCUAAAUGCUUCAGAAGUGGACCUGCUCGGCCUGCAGCCCAGUGA